AAUCAAAGAGAAUAUUACAAAGAUCUCCCGAAGGCUGUAUCAUCCUCAAAUAUACAUUUUAACAAGCUUGUCGAAGAUUUACUAGGUAUGACGCAGGAAAAAGUCAAAAAUCUACGAAUGUCUCUCUGUGCUGUAACUGGCGCAACAUGCUAUGUAAAUUGUCUAUAUCUUGAAUCAUGCAACCUU